GCCCCGCUGCACAAUACCGAGUCUGCUAUCACUUGCAUUUUUGCUCAUCAGAACUGUAGAAAAUGACCAAGGAAGAUAAUUACAAAGAAGAAUUUAGCUAUGAUGAAAUGUCUACAUUGGAACGGGGAAAACAGAAUAAUGGAAAUUACACCUUGGACUUUACAUCCAGUGAACUUCAGCUAGAUAGAAAAUUUCAUACUUGUUUUCAUCACAGGGGAUGGAUCUACAGUCUGAUGAUUGGGAGUUGCCUCCUGAUAGUUGUUGGCUUUUCCGUUUAUCUGGGAAAUGUAUUUCCUGAUGAAAUGGACUACUUGCGUUGUGCAGCCGGUUCAUGUAUUCCUGCAGCGGUUGUGAGUUUUGCUAUAGCCAAAAGAAGAGUUAAUGCAAUGCCACACUUCCAGCUUCUGUUUAUCUCAACGUUUGCUAUCACGACAACUUGUAUGAUUUGGUAUGGGUGCAAGCUAGUCCUCAAUCCAGCUGCAUUAAAUAUAAACUUUAAUCUUGUCUUACUUGUACUUCUGGAAAUACUCAUGGCAAGUAAAGUUAUCCUAUCAGCAAGAUCUGACACGGAAUGCUGUAAGAGAAAGAAAGUCCUGUCAUAUGAUGAAACAGCUUUAUUGUGCCACAUAAAAUUCCCAUCUCGUACUCUGAAGUCCUAUUCAGUAGUUGAAGUGAUUGUGGCAAUUUGUGCAGUUUUUGGUGGAAUUAUUGCUCUGAAUAUGGGUGCUCUGGUUCCUGGACCUUACUUAUCUGUGACAUUCUUUUGGAUUUUGGCUGCAUGUUUUCCUGGUGCUAUUGCUAGCCACGUGGCAGCGGAAUAUCCCAGCAAGUUCUUGAUUGAGGUCCUAAUUGCCAUAAGCAGUGUCACAACUCCAAUGCUAUUUACAGCCACUGGAUACCUAUCCUUCAGCAUUAUGAAAUUCAUUAACAUCUUUCGAAUGAGUUCAACAAGUUUGCGUCAGUCUUAUGAUAUAUUGGUGUUUGUUCUGAUGCUUUUGUUGCUGGUCCAGUCCAGCCUCUCACUUGCCACAGUCAUUCACUGCAUGGGCUACAAGCUUCAAAUUAAAUAUUAUGAUUCAACAUGGAAUAUGUCAGACUUCCAAAAGGAGAACUGCAAGACAGUUGAGAUACCCAAAGCCGCCACAAAGGACUUUGACAAAGACAAAGCUUGGAAAGCUGUUAUGGUACAGAUGGUGCAGUAGCAACACACUGUUUCUUGGAUAUGUCUUCAGACAAUAGCACUUGUAUCUGUCAUGUACAUUUAUUUAUCAGUUGGGCAUGUUAGAACUCUGCAUAUCACAUAAAAACUUUAGGUGAACAAUGUAAAUAAUGUCAUUUAUGUUGAAUUAAAUAAGUACUUCUGAAUC